UCACUUUCGAUGACCGCUAUUUUCCGAAUUUCGCUUCACGAUUCACAGAUAAAUCUUGAAAGUUGAAAGCAGAACUUUCCUUUCUUUCUUUAUUCGUUUCAGUUUUUAAUUUAAUUUUAUAUUUUAAUAUUCAUUUUGCGGUGGAAUGACUUUGACCUUUUUUUUUUCGUGAUUGGUUUUCUGCUUUUAUGGUUAUUGUUGUUUGGUUAUAGAGAGGUGAGUGGUUUGGCCGGUGAUGGAGGAGUCGGGAAAGCUUAAACGUGCGUUUAUUCAUUCAACGGCUGGGGCAAUUGCAGGUGCUAUCUCACGCACAGUUACUUCGCCUCUCGAUGUUAUUAAGAUCCGAUUCCAGGUCCAAUUGGAGCCUACCACUUCAUGGACUUUGCUGAGUGAAAAUAUGUAUAUGUCGUCAAAAUAUACUGGAAUGUUUCAAGCAACGAAGGAUAUAUUUAGAGAGGAAGGUUUACCGGGUUUCUGGCGUGGAAAUGUCCCUGCUUUACUUAUGGUUAUGCCGUACACUGCCAUACAAUUUACAGUGUUACACAAACUAAAAACGCUUGCAGCUGGUUCUUCUAAAACAGAAAAUCACAUAAAUUUGAGUCCUUAUUUGUCCUACAUGAGUGGAGGAUUAGCUGGAUGUGCAGCUACAAUUGGAUCUUAUCCAUUUGAUCUUUUACGGACCAUAUUAGCAUCACAAGGAGAACCUAAGGUUUAUCCAACCAUGAGGUCUGCAUUUGUUGAUAUUGUCAGAACCCGUGGCUUCAGAGGAUUGUAUGCUGGAUUAUCACCAACACUGAUUGAAAUUGUUCCUUAUGCUGGUAUACAAUUUGGCACCUUUGACACAUUUAAACGCUGGACCAGGGCCUGGAAUCAGAGCAGAUCUUCAAGUACAAGCUCCACUGGUACAGUCGACAGUCCUUCAAGCAUUCAGCUUUUUCUCUGUGGGAUAGCAUCUGGAACAUGUGCUAAACUUGUCUGUCAUCCACUUGACGUGGUCAAAAAACGAUUCCAGAUUGAAGGAUUGCAGAGGCACCCAAAAUAUGGUGCUCGACUCAAAAACCGUGCUUAUAAAAAUGUGUUUGAUGCACUAGGUCAAAUAUUGCAAUCAGAGGGUUGGGCUGGCCUGUACAAGGGAAUUGUUCCAUCAACUGUCAAAGCUGCACCUGCUAGUGCGGUAACAUUUGUGGUUUAUGAAUAUGCGUCCGAUUGGUUAGAGUCCAUUUUGAGUUAAAUCUAACUCUAUUUUUUUUCUGUAUUGAUCUUCUUGUAUCAAUCUCAUUCUUUUUCUUUCAUUCUUAAAAAGAUCAUCUUGGGGGAAAGAGGGGAAAUCCUAUUACAUUUUUUUACUAGUUUACAGGCAAUAUGUUUGUAGUGGUAGAAUCUCCAAUUUUUCAGGUUGGAAAGUCAAUGAAGAAGAAUUUUAUUGCCGGUGAUGUACACUUCAUAAUCAUAUAUGAGAUACAGUAUUUGUUGGGGAACCAUAUUGCAUUCAAUAAAGAAACUAAAAUAUUAUGAUA